CAUGUGAGGGAUCCCAGGCAGAAGGUAAACAAACCAAAUGAAUGCUGGACAAUCUAAAGGUCUACUUUUUAUCGCUAUAAUGAAGAACUGUUAGACAAGGGAUACGGAUCCUUGUCGUACACAGACAAACAUGGCAUGGAUAUCGUCUCUGUUCAGAAGUUGGUGGCUGUGCUUUAUUGUGGUUGUUGUCAUUGGUUCUGCUAAAGGUGGCAAUCUGCUACAGGUUCAACAUGUAGUUGAUAGUUCCCGUGUACGAAGAAACUCUGAUCCCUGUCAAAACAAUAAUGGAGGAUGCAGCUACAUGUGUGUGGCCACUGUCCCUUCUUACCGCUGUACAUGUCCCACUGGGUAUAGACUGAUGGCAGAUGGCAAGGCGUGUCAAGACAAGGACGAAUGUCUGGAGCCCAAUGCAUGUCCUGAACUGGGGCAGUGUGUGAACACACCAGGAUCAUAUAGAUGUGUCUGUCCAUCAGGCUUUGCCUGUGAUUCCAGGGACAGUAGCUGUGUUGAUAUAGAUGAAUGUCUGCUUGGAACCAUAGCUUGCAGCCAGGGAUGUCACAAUACACAGGGAUCAUACAGGUGUGUCUGUAGCACAGGAUUUGCCCUACAGGAAGAUGGAGCCACAUGUGAAGACAUAGAUGAAUGUAUAGAAUACAGCCCUUGUAAUGUCAGCUGCAUCAAUUUCCCAGGUUCCUAUACAUGCAGUUGUGGUGAAGGCCAGUAUUAUAGCAGUAGAUCAUCAACUUGUGUCCCUGCCUCUUGUGCUGCCCUCUAUAUGGAGAAGUUGGUAACACAUUGUACCAUACAGGAGAAGGUGGAGUAUGACUAUGGAGAAGUGUGUACUCUGCAGUGCAAACAAGGUGUAACAGUUGGUUCUACCACAGUGGAAUGUACAGGCAGUGGGGAGUGGAGCCCAGUGAUGGCAGACUGUGUGGAAGAGAAGCCUCCAUCCCCACCACCACAUAUAUACCUCUCCUCUAAUACUAUACAAGAACACAGUCACAGGAUGACUGCCAUUGGUUGGCUAAGAACCAUGUACGUCCGUGACUCACCAGACAGGGUUUAUACUCUACACAACCACACUGAUAUUUUUGGAGUGUAUGGCAGUGGACAUGACGCUAAAUUAGUUGUGACAGGUAAUUUGGACUUUGAACUCCAGCCCACUUACUGGUUGAACAUCAGUGCCUCAAGUGAUAUCCCACCAAACACAAUUAACAAUAUCAUCACUGUCCACAUUUCAGACAUUAAUGAACCACCAUCUAUUCCUUUGCUCAAUUCCUCAAUACUGGCUGAAACUGCUAGUGUGGGGACUCAAGUGACCAGCGUCCAGGCUGUCGACCCAGACAGGGGCCAAAAUUUAACAUACAGGAUUGUAUCUGGUGCUCAUGAUGAUUUUGAAUUUAAAGACAAUCUGUUGUUAGUUAAAAGUAGCUUAGAUUUUGAGACCAGAGAGUUGUAUGAUAUAGAGAUAGAGGUGAGGGAUGAUGGGAUUCCCAGUCUUGCUACAAGAGGGACAUUGAGGGUGUUUGUGACUAAUAUUAAUGAAGCACCCACUAGCAUAUUGCUCAAUUCUUCUGAUGUACAGGAAUAUGUGACUGGGAAGAGAACUGGCACUAGAAAUGGUACUGUUAUCAGCACAUUGACAGCAGUUGAUGAGGAUAGAAAUGAUAUCCACACUUUUACUGUGUUAGACCCCAGACAGAAUGGUCUUGAAUGUUUUAGUAUAUAUGAAAGCUACCUCGUAGUCGGCAAUGAAAAUUGUUUCGAUUAUGAAACCAACAGGGUAUUGACAGUCCAAUUACAAGUGCAAGAUAGUGGAUUUCUGACUUAUACCAAAACUAAAUCUAUUUCAAUAUUGGAUCAGAAUGAGGCCCCGAACAGGGUGGUGUUGUCCAGUGAUCAAAUAUUUAGUCUUUCUCCUGCUGGAACUGUGGUGGGGACCCUGUCAGCAGUGGAUCCAGAUAAUGGUGACAGGCAUAACUUUACACUUACUGGACCAAGUCAGCAAUUUAUUUUGGAAGGUAACAAACUAAAAGUAAAGACUGAUCUUAGUUUACUGACAUCACCGACUGUUCAAGUGACCAUCCAAGCUACAGACCUUGGUGGACUCCCCUGCCAGCAGUCACUGACCAUUGGACUAAUACCAGUGUCCAGUUCUAUAAUGUAUGGCUCUGCAGACUAUGAAGUCACACUUAGUCCUAGUUCUGUGCUAGAAAACAGUGCUGCAGGAACUGAGGUGGGAGCCGUCAGCAUUGUUCACCAUGGUAAUGGUGAAGUUACUGAGCAGUUUACCUGUGUUCUUAGAGAUGAUGGAGGAGGGAUGUUUAUCGUUCAGGAUAGGAAUAGAAUAGCAGUCUCUGGCAGUACACUGAUUGAUUUUGAGAGUGGACAUCAAAUUCAGAUCCAAGUGGAAUGUUUCAGUUCAAGCGAAGUGUUACAUCAGACCUUUGUCAUCACAAUUCUUAAUGUUAAUGAACCACCUACAGAUAUUAAAAGUGAAACAGGGAAGUUUGAAGUUAUGGAAAACAAAAUGCCUGGAGAGCUGAUUGCCUACCUGUCAGCAGAAGACCCUGACCAGGGUGAUCAAUUCAGAUUUAUGCUGGAGUCCAGCUUUACAAUGGUUCCCUUUGCCAUUGGAGCCAACCACCUUAUUACACAUAACUUAAUCAACUUUGAAUUAACGCCAUCAUUUGAUAUUACAAUUUUUGUCACAGACAACGGAGGACUGAGAUUUUCCAAAGCAAUAACAGUGACAGUGGUAGACCAAAAUGAUCCACCAACACAAAUACUAAUGGCAGAUGGCACAUGCAUCAUUGAAUCAGCUGCUAUCAACUCUGUUGUAACAACAUUGAGGACAGUGGACGAAGAUGUAGAACAAUUACAUACAUAUACAAUACAGGAUCAGAAUCCACCUGGAGCUUUAGCUAUACACAAUAGAAACAAGCUUGUUGUGGCUGAUGCAAGUAAAAUAGAUUAUGAGAAGUAUCAUUCUGUUGAAGUCACAAUAGUUACCCAGGACAAUGGGCUACCACUGGCAUUAUCAUACACCCAGACACUAACAAUACCAGUGCUGGAUGCAAAUGAGUCCCCAACUAGGAUCUCCCUUGAUAAUUACACUGUAGCUGAAAAUUCCCCACCUGGCACUCUAGUUGCUAACAUUCAUGUCGAAGAUCCAGAUACGUUUCACCAGGUUUUCUACUGCACUUUAAUGCAGGAUGCUAUCGGAAGGUUCCAAAUCCAGUUUGUGCCUCUAGUGGAACAGAACUUGUUAGUGGUUGCUGAUGGCAGUUUGUUGAACUAUGAGCAGUCAGAUACACAUCUUAUUGAGAUUAUGUGUAAAGACUGUGGGGGGUUGAAUGUGAGCAGUAGCUUUUCAGUUCAAGUUUUAGAUAUAAAUGAUGCCCCUUUAAAGGUGAUCUUUGUAGACUCAAAAGGAGACACCAUGACAGCGCCUUAUCCACCCAGUGAAACGCAACAGCAGAUAUCUCAUCUACCUAGUUCCUAUGUAGUAGUGGUAAAUGAGACGAUGGAUCCAAGCAGUAUUGGGAAUGAAAUUGUUGCCUACUUCUCUGUAAUGGAUGACGACAGUCUGCAAGCUGGCAAACAGAAACAUACUUGCCAUCUUGUCAGUGAAGCGGAUUAUAUCAACAAUAACUUGGAAGGUCCAGCAAGUGAAAUGUCCAGCAGGUUCCAGUUGAUGACACUCAAUGGGUCAGUCUGGAAUGCAGUAGUGGUCAGAGAAAAACUGGACUAUGAGGAAGUGGUGGCAGUAUUUUAUCUCUACUUGAGAUGCACAGAUGAUGGCAUACCAACACCUUUGGCUGUUAUGGCUUCCCUUAAAGUGGUAGUUGCAGAUGUCCCAGAGGCACCAUACAACAUAUCUUUGUCCAAUAAUAACAUCCUAGAAAACAGUGCACCUGAGUCUACAGUGGGAUUACUUACAAUACAUGAUGAAGACCCGCCACUGUCUGGGUACAUCAUUACUGUCACCACUUCUGGCACUCCUUUCUAUGUCAGAGGACAGGAACUGAAAGUACUGAAUAACAGACUGAACUAUGAACUAAAAAGUGUUUUCACUGUUCAAGUGGAGGCAAAGGAAGUGGAAACAGGUUUAUCACUUACCAAGAAUUUUACCAUCAAUAUCAUAAAUGUGGAUGAACCUCCUUGUUGCCUCCAAAUCAAUGGCCAAACUGAAUUGGAGUUGCCAGAUAAUAUGGCUGUAGGUACAGAAAUUGGAACUUUGACCGUGGUUGACCAGGAUGUAGGAGAUACUCAUACUUUUAGUUUCCAGCCAGACAGGAAGAGGAGGGACUUAGAUGACCAUGUGUCCUAUUUCAGGUUAGAAGGCAACAAGCUGUAUUUGUCCAAGGCACUGGACCCACUAAGUUAUGCUAUGCUAGGUAUCAGCAUCCUGGCAGUGGACAGCACAGGAUUGCAACUGUUGGAGCAGUUGUAUUUCAAAGUUCUUAUGAUCAAUUGUGGUGGCGUCAAGUGUUCCUCUGCCAAUGGUCUCUGUGACAAAGGACAGCUCCCCCCAUCUUGCAGAUGUAAACUUGGAUUUGAAGGCAAUGGAAUUAACUGCACCAACAUAGAUGAGUGCUCCCCCAUAUCUCCCUGUCACCCUGAGAACUCCCUGGGUUGUAUAGACGGAUAUGGUGGAGUCAAUAACUAUACUUGUAUGUGUAAAGAUGGCUGGAUGCCACCUAAUUGUGAACAGAGAGUUGACCAGUGUGAUACAGCAAUGUGUAGUAGGAAUGGAACUUCCUCAUGUGUCCACCAGUCUACAGGUACCCAGUGUGUAUGUAAAGCUGGCUACACAGGGAGGUCCUGUGAUAUAGAUGUGGAUGAUUGUGUACCAGGUGUAUGUGGCAAUGGUGGACAGUGCCAGGAUGGCAUCAGUGGAUACAGCUGUGUCUGUCCACCUGGCUAUGAAGGGAGACAUUGUGAGAUUGACCGCACUGCCUGUCUAACUGUCCAGUGUCCCUUCAAUGGCAGCUGUAUUGUUCUCUCUGGCCCUGGGGGUGGUCAUGUGUGCCAGUGCCAAGCCCCAUACUCACUGGACUGUAGAGGCUGUGCCUAUGGCUAUGGAGGACCUCAGUGCAAACCCUGUGAUUCUCAACACACAGGUUAUGAUUGCAAGAUAAAGACUGCAGUUUGCUCCUCAUCUCCCUGUGAACACAACAGCACCUGUGUAGAUUUGGAUAACUCCAGGUUUGGCUGUAUAUGUGCAGGUGGUUGGACAGGCCCUACAUGUUCUAAACUAUCAAUCAAAUCCAACACUUUCUACGUCCAUUCUCAGCCAUCUCAGGCCUCGGGAACGGAGGGUGAAAUAUCUAUGGUCAUCUAUGUUAUUAUUGGCAUACUGGCCUUCCUUCUCACAGUACUGGUAGUCAUAGUAACAUUUUAUAUGGUGAGAAGAAAAAGGAAGAAGAGAUCUGCAAGAGGAAGAGUAAGGUAUGCCUCCUCGAAUCAAGAUCCCUUUGUCUUUGGUCCACCCAGAUCCAUCUGUGCUGACUCCGAGAGAAGGCACAGCUGGGAGGCAGAAACCCAGCAGUUUGUGAACCCCGUGUAUAGCAGCAUGGAGUCAGCACUGGCAGCUAAUGUAGAGGUGUCUUCUGGAGAAUGCGUCGCAAAAGUUGCAGAUCAGGAUGCCAGUUAGACCACAGACAAAUCUCCACUCACAUCUCCUUUGGUGCAAAUGUAUAUGUAAUAGGUGGCUCACAAUCUGGUACAUUUUGGAAAUAAUACAGUAAAACAGACUAAGGAAGUAAUUCUAGGGGCAUAGAUUACUUGGUAUAUUCAGGUGACGAAAGACCUGGAUGUUUGUUUUUUAUUAUAAUUAAAAUGGGCCUGUCAUCACUUGUUGCUAAAGAUAAACAUUUUUGGUAUUAUGUGUAUUCUAUAAUUUAUAUAAAAUGAUUGAAUAAACUUCAUUAUUAUUAUUAUUAAGGAAAUUUCUUUGCAUACCAAAAUAUAAAUUUUAUUUUUUUACAUGCAGACUUUAUACGUGUAUACCAAAAUGACAAUUUGUAACUCAUAUUACAAUAUGAUUUAUAUGACAGUGAUUUUUUUAAUAGCAAUGUUUCUCAGAUAUAAGCUUUUUUUGUACCUACAAUUUUAUUACAUUCCCAUAACCUUUUUUGUUAAA